GACGACUACAACGACUUGGCCUUGAUCAAGAGGCCAGACGCAUUAUCGAACGUCUCCACCGCAUACAGCAUAAACACUCCCCCUCUCCAACCCCUCCCCGCCACCGCCUCCAGACUCGUCCAUCCUGUUCCGAUAAGCGACCAAGCCUUUCUUACCGCCGCCACCAUGUCGCAAAGACAACUUGCACGAGAUAUGCAGACCGAGUUCCAGGCGAGGUUCUCCGCCAAACAAGCCCGCCGCGAGGCCCAGAAGGCCCAGAAGGCCGACAAUGAUAUGAAGAAGCAGAUUACGAACCUCAUCAAGAAGGGGGACAAGACCUCUCUCGCGCAGGCAGAACAAAAGGCCAAGCUGCUUCUGGGAAAGCAGGCCGUCGCCCAGCAGAUGGAGCAGAUGGCCGACAUGGCCGACCUGAACGUCGCCCAGAUCCAGGCCAACAAUGCCAUGAAUCGCAUGACGGCCAUGAUGAUGCAGAGCAGCAAGACCAUGAACAGGGCACAGAAGCAGAUGAAUCCGGAGAGGACGAUGGUCGCGAUGGAGCAGUUCAAGAACCAGAAUGAGGAAUACGCCAUGUCCAACUCUAUCUACCAAGAUGCCAUGAUGCAGUCCACCUCCGCCUCAGUGUCCGAUGACGCCGUUCGCGAGCUCCUCGGCAAGCUGGCCGACGACGCCGGCGUCGAGCUGUCGCAGGAGCUAGCCUCCGCGUCCACCUCCAAGGAGGAACCUGUCCAGGAAUCUGCGGCUGCCGAGCCCACUCCCGAGCAGGAGGACGCGCUGCAGCAGAGGCUGAGGGCACUACGGGCCUAGGAAGCCGGUGGAGCGGGCCUGGGAGUAGGAGUAGCAGAGGGGGAGGGGGAGGCUGGCCGGCGUCCAUAAAAGUUGAUGAAAGGGCGGCAGAAGUGCGAAAGACGUGAGAGACACCUGGCGAUGCAGGGCAUUCUUUAUUUUUCUUUAUUCUUCUUAACUUAUCAGUCGCAUUUCGGCGUUGGCGGGCGCAAGGGACUCCGUUAACAACCAUCAUUAAACGAUUCCAUGAUUAUUCAUCUCCUUUCCCAC